AUGGCAACGAAAGAUUUUGAAAUCUCGCGGGAUGAAUUUCGAAACAUAACGCGGUGUUUGGAUAAUAAGGAGUUCCGUGAUCUCUUUGCGGAUUACUGCAACGAGCUGCGUGAUAAUCGGAAACAGUACGAAGAAGAGCUGUCCAUACUUGAGGCGGAGCGUGGAUACGACGUGAAGUUCCUAAAGCCCUUGCCGGGUUACGUAAUAAAAACAAUUGUUGACGGAAAACACAAAGGAUUCAUCAAUGUGUGUCAGUGCGAGUUGGUGCAAAAACCGACGAGCGCUUCCGGCAUCAACGAAGAUGGAACGAAGGGCCUAAAGUGGAACAUCCCUUACGCCCAAACACAACCGCGCCGGGAUUACGACAACAAGCGGAUAGAGUGCACUGUUUACGAUGUGAUGUUUCAUCCGGACUCGCUGCACUUGGCCUCGAAGCACGAUGGUUUCCGGAAGCUGCUCACCGAUACAUCGCUGGAUGCGGUAGAAAAAUCUUUCGGCGUAAAGUUGGAUCGCGCGAAUCUGCGAUUCCCGAAGCUUCACUACAAGGGCACCCCAAGCUCUUCGGUAGUCCGCGAAAAAAUGCCCCAUUUCGAGAACCUACCUAGGGACGAACUUUUCGACAAACUGCUGCCACCAAUUCCGAGUUCAGCCACCGCAAAGGCGGGAGCUCAUCGUUCGGAGUUAAAAAUCGAGCGUGAAGAGAACGUUAAAAACAAAGAAAACAUCAAGCGAUCAAUCCCUGUCGGUGAGACAUUUUAUACAACACCCGAGUACAAAAUCAUUCAGCGUCGAGAUGUCGAGUACGAGGAAAUGACAAACGAGCUUGACGCCAAAAUCGACGUGACAAUUCCGCGCGAACUGAAAAUAGUCAUCACGUUGCCAUUGCUAAAGUCAACCUCUGAGUGUGCGCUGGACGUAACCAAGACGAUGUUGCACUUGGUAAGCGAAAAACCGGCCAAAUAUAAGCUGGAACUAAAGCUGCCCUAUGAGGUGAAGGAAAGUGAAGGAAAGGCCACCUUCAACGUGGAUGAACGGACGCUCACGGUAACGUUACCGGUGUUCCGAAAACGAAACAUCACCCUGCAAGACAUUAAUUCCAUUAACGCGAAAGAAACGGGGAAACUGAUCGAAGAAUUUCACACAGUUCCUGCGCACACCUUGCCUCAGGUCGGUUUGCAGGCGACCGAAACACAUAGUGCUCUGGCGGCAGUGGUAGAAACACCGAGGAAAACGAUUUUCCCCAAAUUUUCGGUCAACAAGAUGGAAAAUCUGCUAGCUUUCACGCUCAACGUACGCAAUGUAGAUCCGGCGACGAUCGAGCUGGACAACCGUAGCGAUUCGGUUUACUGCCGGUUCACAAACGUUGGAAACGGAUAUUUCCCCUGCUUCUACGUAUUUUUCGUGCGCUUUCCCAAUGCACUUGUGACGGAAGUGCAACAUGAAGAGUGGGACAACAAUCUCAUCAUUCAAAUCACUCUCAACACGGCAAACAUUUCGUCCUAUCAGGCAGGGCCCGACGAACAUGAAACAGUGGAGUACUCCAUCAUGGAGGACAUAACGGACAAAAUAAAUAAAUUUGGCAAAGAGAUAGAGGACGACAGUUUGUGUAUAGCGGUGGUGCGCCAAGGCAAGACCUCGUCGAAGGUGAAGUCGGGAGGGAUGAUGAGCAUCGAAAUCACCAAGAGAGAUCAAGCCGAACACUCUGCAGAAGAGUCCCUGGAGGAUGAGGAGAUGGCGAAAGAGGAAAGCAAAUCUUCGAUGCCGAAUGCGCACUCGGCCACUUCUGCCGAAGAGUGCGACGAAAAGGAUGGGUCGGAAGCGGAAAAGGCUAGAGCGGCUCUGAAGGCCAAAAGAAACUCCCGUAGGAAGAAGAAGGAGCGUUCGCUAUCUGAAUCAUUUUGCGAUCAUCUUAAGGUGAUCGUGGAAAAUGAAGCUAGCACCGGUAGUUUCGGCGAUCAGCCAAAGGCAAUUUCCGAGGUUCCGAGUUCAGGGCCAGCAUCGCAGACAGCUGAUACACCGGACGGGAAGGCGAGAAAGGUUCGUAGUCUGUCCGAAUGCUACCCGGUAAAGGAUUCAGAAGCUGCCGAUGAAGUAGCAAGCAUCCCAACGCUAACGCGCAAGUACAAGGGUAUCCUGAAACGCAGCUCGUACGACCGGAGCAUCAGCGAGUGUUCUUCGGUUGAUGAUUUGGGCACGUCAGUUGAGAUGAAUUUAGCUCAAUCCGUCGGCGAAGAGUGCCGGAAAACAGUUCGGUUUAAUAAUGCCAUCCGGAAGCAGUUGUUCAGAUCAAAUUCAUGCAUUCUUACUAUGAAGAGACGGACGCAGAAGAAAAAGGAGGUGAAGCGUCGUGCGGCGGCCCGUCGAAUGAGCGAAGGGGAGAGCACUGAUAAUGACGAAAAAGAAGCGCAACACCAGGAAGAUGACCAUGGCUCGAGCAGUGACCAACAGGAUGAAAAGGAUGCGAUAGAGGACGACAGCGGUGUGUCUUUCGAUUCAGAAUCUGGCGAUAAGGAUGUUGCUGACGUGAAGGAGGGAAAUUCGAAGUUGACAACGAAACGGAAAAACAACAAUAAGAACUCUCAUUCAGCAGGUUCUAAGCAAACUCCUGGCAAAAAACGUGGCAGGGAGGUGAAGAACAUUGAGUUUAAAAGUGAUAUGAUUUUCGAUAUUGAACUGUAAAACGUUUGUGUUUUGAUCUGUCGAAAUUUUUUAGCCAAUAUAAUGCAUUAUCCUACUUUCCCUCUAAUAUGUUACUCUUUUAAUUGGCACGUACGGUUUACACUUUACAGUAGAUUGGUACACAACACACGUAAAAUUAAAAUUAUUUUGAAUAAACGAGGCAAUGUAUUGCAAUAUUUGAGUCAUAUAUGUAUGGGCUGUAUCACAAAAUUUUUCC